CGGACACAUACACCAUCAAGAUGUCCACCUCACUACCCGCCCACCCUCUCCUCGAUGCCGCCCACAUCUCCCCCUCCAUCUUCACCCUCCGCCCGGACUACCGCGCCCUCCUGAUGAUCGUCGAGAAUCUUCCCCCCGGUCCCAGCGACGAAACCAGCGAAGCCCUGCUCCAGGAUGCCGAAACGCACAUCCGCACCCUCCUCGCCGCCCACCCAGAGACCCCCCAGAUCACCUCCCUCCCACACAUCGCCGCCUGGCGCGCCACCUACACGUCCUUCGGGGCGAAACCCCAGAAAACCCGCAACAGCCUCGAAGCCCUGACGCGACGGGCGGCCACCCCCGCCGGCCUGCCGCGCGUCAACCGGCUCACCGACAUCUACAACGCCCUCUCGAUCAAACACCAGCUGCCGUUCGGGGGCGAGGAUCUCGACGCGUACGACGGGGCCCCGUUCUUGGUGCGCGCGACGGGCACGGAGCCCUUCCAGACCCGUUCCGGUGGGGAGCUGCAGACCGAGUGGGCGGAGCCGGGGGAGCCGGUCUGGUGUGAUCGCACGGGGAUUACCUGUCGGAGGUGGAAUUGGCGGCAGGGGCCGCGGACGGCGUUGACGGAGGGGACGACCAGGGUUUUGUUUAUUGUGGAUGCGCUUGGGGAGGUCGUCUCGGAGGAGGCCUUGGAGAGGGCGGCGGACGAGUUGGAAGAGGUGUUGAGGGGGCUUUCGGGGGAGGUGAGGGUGGCGCGGAGGGUCAUUGGGAGGGAGCAGGUGUGA